AUGUUUCCCAUUCGGGUAUUUGUUUAUGGAACUUUGAAGCGCGGUGAACCGAAUGAACACCAUUUAACACUGUCAUCGGGCAUUCAACAAUUUAUAGGCAGUGGCAAAACAAGCAACAAAUUUCCACUAAUUAUUGCAUCAAAAUUCAAUAUUCCGAUGGUUUUACGAGAACGCGGAUUUGGAAACCAAAUUCGUGGUGAAGUCUAUGAAAUCAACGAAGAGAAGCUGCAAUGUUUAGAUCAAUUAGAGGCUUAUCCGGAGCUUUACACACGGGAAAUUGAACAGAUUGAACUCGACUCUGGAGAUGUGACCAAUGCUUGGAUGUAUAUGGUUCAUGAAUGGCGACCUGAUAUCUAUCAGCAAAGCUCGGAAUUGUUAAAAGAUUAUUCAAGCAAAGGCUCGCAUGGUCGCGAAUAUGUUGACAGCGAAGACGUUUCUCAUCCGGAUCAACUGUACGAUCAU